AGUGGCAGCACUGUGAAUUACUCACGCAAACGAACUGCUAGCCGCUUACAUAAUCACAUUGUUUUUAUUCCUCGCAACACCAUGAAUCGAGGAGCAAGAGGUUUUAGCAGAGGAGGACGCGGUGGGGGACGUGGAGGAUUCCAGCAGCGUGAUUUUGGUCCUCCAGCUACAGUUGUCGAAAUGGGGACAUUCAUGCAUGCUGUAGAGGAUGAGAUGUUGUGCUCCUCUCUCAUAUCAGACAGGGUUCCCUACUUCAACGCCCCCAUUUACCUCCAAAACAAAUCUGUGAUUGGCAAGGUUGACGAGAUCCUUGGCCCUAUCAAUGAAGUUUAUUUCUCAGUCAAAAUGGGAGAAGGUAUGGUUGCAAGCAGCUUCAAGCAAGGAGAUAAAGUAUAUAUCGGAGGCGAUAAAUUGCUACCCAUUGAGCGAUUCCUCCCAAAACCAAAAGUUGCAGAACGCGGGCGCGGUAUCGCAAGGGGCAGUGGGCCACGGGGACGGGGUGCCCCUGGGGGACGAGGACGGGGAGGACGAGGGGCUAGCAGGGGUGGCGUAAGAGGUGGCUUCGGUGGUGACCGGGGCG